AUGGGUCUGCACGAAGAUGAGGACCGCAAGUAUGCGGAGGAUGUCCAGGCCGUCAAGAACUGGUGGAGCGACUCCCGAUGGCGCUUCACCAAGCGCCCUUUCACGGCCGAGCAGAUCGUCGCGAAGCGUGGCAACUUGACCGUGGACUACCCCUCGGGUGUCCAGGCCAAGAAGCUCUGGAAGACCCUGGAGAACAACUGGCAGACUAAGCAGGCCAGCUUCACCUACGGCUGUCUCGAGCCUACCAUGAUCACCCAGAUGUGCAAGUUCCUCGACACCAUCUACGUUUCCGGCUGGCAGAGCUCCUCGACCGCUUCGUCUACGGAUGAGCCCUCCCCCGAUCUGGCUGAUUAUCCGAUGGACACCGUCCCUCGCAAGGUCAACCAGCUCUUCAUGGCACAGCUUUUCCACGACAGGAAACAGCGCGAGGAGCGCAUCACCACCCCCAAGGACCAGCGCUCCAAGGUUGCCAACGUUGACUAUCUGCGCCCCAUUAUCGCCGAUGCCGACACUGGUCACGGUGGUCUGACCGCCGUCAUGAAACUCACCAAGCUGUUCGUUGAGCGGGGUGCUGCUGGUAUUCACAUCGAGGACCAGGCCCCUGGAACUAAGAAGUGCGGCCACAUGGCCGGUAAGGUGCUGGUCCCCAUCAGCGAGCACAUCAACCGUCUCGUCGCCAUCCGUGCCCAGGCCGAUAUCAUGGGCACUGACCUUUUGGCCAUCGCCCGUACUGACUCCGAGGCCGCCACCCUCAUCACCUCUACUAUCGACCACCGCGACCACGCUUUCAUUGUUGGAACCACCAAUCCCAACCUCCAGCCCUUGAACGACUUGAUGGUUGCUGCCGAGCAGGCCGGCAAGAACGGUGCUGAGCUGCAGGCUAUUGAGGAUCAAUGGACCGCCCAGGCCGGCCUGAAGCUCUUCGAGGAGGCCGUCAUUGACACCAUCAACGCUGGUGUUCACGGCAACAAACAGGGUCUGAUUGAGCAGUUCCGCAAGGCCGCCAAGGGCAAGAGCAACACCGAGGCCCGCGCCAUCGCCAAGGGUAUCACUGGCGUCGACAUCUUCUGGAACUGGGACUCUCCCCGUACCCGUGAGGGUUACUACCGCUACAAGGGCGGCACGCAGUGCGCCGUCAACCGCGCCGUUGCCUAUGCUCCCUUUGCUGAUCUCAUCUGGAUGGAGAGCAAGCUGCCCGAUUUCAAGCAGGCCAAGGAGUUCGCCGACGGCGUGCACGCCGUGUGGCCCGAGCAGAAGCUCGCCUACAAUCUGUCUCCCUCCUUCAACUGGAAGAAGGCCAUGCCUCGCGACGAGCAGGAGACCUACAUCAAGCGUCUCGGCGAACUCGGCUACUGCUGGCAGUUCAUUACUCUGGCCGGUCUGCAUACCACCGCGCUCAUCUCCCACCAGUUCGCCAAGGCGUACGCUAAGAACGGCAUGCGCGCCUACGGCGAGCUCGUCCAGGAGCCAGAGAUGGAGCAGGGCGUGGACGUCGUUACUCACCAGAAGUGGAGUGGGGCCAACUACGUCGACAACAUGCUCAAGAUGGUCUCUGGCGGUGUGAGCAGUACCGCUGCCAUGGGCAAGGGUGUGACCGAGGACCAGUUCAAAAGCUGA